GGUGGCCGUGUGGGUAACUGAAAGCGGCAGCUGUAGCAGCAGCAGGAGAAGGAGGAGGAGGAGACAGCAGCAGCCACAACUCGAGCUGAACUUCUUAAGAGUGCACUGGCUGAAGCAGGCACGGCAGGGGGAAAAGGAAGGAGGGCGCAACUUGGAGAGCAGAGACCGACAUGUCUCCUUUUCUCCGUAUUGGAUUGUCCAACUACGACAGCGGUCCCUAUCUCCCUUCCCAGGGAGAUGUGAUCGAUCCGUAUUGCGCAGUGAUAGUCAAGGAAGCAGUGGAGUCAGAGAACGGCCAAUCCUACAUCCAGAAGAAGCCCACCAUGUACCCACCUUGGAACAGCACUUUCGAUGCUCACAUCCACAGGGGGCGCGUAAUGCACAUCGUUGUGAAGGACAAGAGCGCAGAAAUGGUCGCAGAAACGACGGUAGAACUCAAUUUGGUUGCAGAGAAGUGCAAAAAGAAGAAUGGGAAAUCAGAAAUUUGGCUAGAACUGAAGCCACAAGGCAGAAUGUUAAUGAACGCAAGAUACUUCCUGGAAACUACUGAUGAUCCAGAGUUUAUUGACUGUGAAAAGGAAGGGUUUUUCUCUCUGCACCAACGGAGAGGCGCCAUCAAGCAAGCCAAGAUCCACAAUGUCAAGUGUCACGAGUUCACUGCUACCUUCUUCCCCCAGCCCACGUUCUGUUCCGUUUGCCACGAGUUCGUCUGGGGUCUUAACAAGCAAGGUUACCAGUGCAGACAAUGCAAUGCUGCCAUUCACAAGAAGUGCAUUGACAAAGUAAUAGCAAAGUGUACGGGAUCAGCCAUCAAUAGCAGAGAAACCAUGUUCCACAAAGAGAGGUUUAAGAUUGACAUGCCCCACCGAUUUAAGGUCUACAAUUACAAAAGCCCAACGUUCUGCGAUCACUGCGGCACUCUGCUCUGGGGUCUGGCACGGCAGGGUUUGAAAUGUGAUGCCUGUGCCAUGAACGUCCACCACAAGUGCCAAGCCAAAGUGGCAAACCUCUGCGGCAUCAACCAGAAGCUCAUGGCGGAAGCGCUGCAACUGAUCGAGAGCCGGCAGCAGGCUAGAAGCUUGCGGGAGUCAGAGAAGAUCUUGAGAGAAGGACCUGUGGAAAUUGUCUUCCCUGACAAAGACCCGACGCCUGCUGCUCCUCCUGUGCCAGCACCUCCAGCAGGGAAAAAAGAGCCUCAGGGAGUUUCCUGGGAAUCCCCUGCAGAAGACGUCCCGGGUCCAGAUUCCCCGGUGGAACUGGAACCAAGGAAAGACCUCCCUGCUCAGCUGCCGAAGUUUACCAUAGAUGAUUUUGUUUUGCACAAAAUGUUGGGGAAAGGAAGCUUUGGCAAGGUCUUCCUUGUUGAGCUGAAGGACACGAACCAGUUUUUUGCCAUGAAAGCUUUGAAGAAGGAGGUGGUGCUGAUGGAUGAUGACGUUGAAUGUACCAUGGUGGAAAGGCGGGUUCUCUCUCUGGCUUGGGGACACCCGUUCCUCACUCACGUCUUCUGUACAUUCCAGACAAAGGAAAACCUCUUCUUUGUAAUGGAAUAUCUCAACGGGGGUGACCUGAUGUUUCACAUCCAGAUCUGCCACAAGUUUGACAUUGGCCGAGUGAGGUUUUAUGCUGCUGAAAUCAUUUGUGGCUUGCAGUUCCUUCAUUCUCAAGGAAUCAUAUACAGAGACCUGAAGCUUGACAACGUUCUCCUAGACAAGGAAGGGCACAUCAAGAUUGCCGAUUUUGGGAUGUGCAAAGAGCACAUGGGAGGGGACGCCAAGACAAGCACAUUCUGUGGAACCCCCGAUUAUAUUGCACCGGAGAUUCUGCUGGGGCAGAAAUACAACACGUCCGUUGACUGGUGGUCCUUUGGAGUCCUUCUAUACGAGAUGCUGAUUGGUCAGUCUCCCUUCCAUGGUCAGGACGAAGAGGAGCUCUUCCAGUCGAUCCGCAUGGACAGCCCGUUCUACCCUCGAUGGCUUGACAAGGACGCAAGGGACCUUCUUGUGAAGCUUUUUGUAAGAGAACCGGAAAGGAGACUGGGAGCCAAAGGGAACAUCCGCCAACAUCCCUUUUUCCAAGAAAUCAACUGGGAAGCCAUUGAAGUGAGAGCAGUCGAACCCCCUUUCAAGCCUAGAGUGAAAUCCCCUGGCGACUGUAGCAACUUCGACAAAGAAUUUCUGAACGAGAAACCCCGGCUGUCGUGCGGGGACCGGAGCCUCAUCAACAGCAUGGACCAAAACAUGUUCCGAAGCUUUUCCUUUACCAACCCCAUCAUGGAAAAGUUGCUCUCCCGAUAGUCCAGUGCCCUGGGAUCAAGGUGGUUCAAGAACAACAACAACAACCAUGGCCUCCAAACUCCCAACUGGCGGAAGUCGUGCUUCUCAUCGGACGACGGAGGUGGUGGCCUGGAUCCAAGUGUGCCCUUCUCCCGGUGGAAAGUCUCUUCUGAUAACAGAAGGGCUGCUUCCGACCUGGCAGAAGAGGGUUGCACGAGAGAGGUGACCCCAAAUUCCAGGGAAGUUCUUUCGUUUGAAGAAGCUCUCGCACAAGAUUUUGCACAAGCUCGGAGGCCAGGGCUGGAGGGCGGCUUCACUGGGCAGCACCUGAAGGCAUUCAACCAACUUAGCCGGUGUAGGGCAGGCUGCAUGGCCCACGUCACUGUAUCCUCCAUCAUCUGCUGCCAAUUACUGCCUGCCGCCCGAGGCAGCCGCCUCACUCUGUCCAACGGGAGCACCGGUCCUGCUGGGAGAUGGUGAUUUCCUCCCAAGCAAAUGAGCAGUGGCAACAGCUGCGAGGACGAUGGGGAUAGCAUACACAGAGAGGAAGACCCACUGAGAACAUCUUCCCCAAAGUCCCCUGGAACUGUCACCGCACAAGCUCUUUUCAAGACAACUAGAGUUUUUACAUGCCACGGCUGGCUAUAUUCCUCAUUCACCAUGUUUCAUGGCUGGCAAUUCAGCCCCUGACACACUGCACCGUGGUUUGACAGAACGGCACUAAUACAUUUUCGCCUCCUGCUCGCAGUUGUUUGGAUCUGAGCCACUGUGGUUUGCUGAACGGUGUGGAUGUCCCAGGAGGAACACUUAAGAAGGGAAUAUCUGCGAUAACCUGGGGGCCUUUUACUCAGUUCCAUCGUUCUGCCCUGUGGUGGAGAACCUCUGGUCUUCAGAGCUUAUAAGGCCCAACAGGGAUCCUAACCGGCCUGUGAGGGUGUUUUCUCCAAACCACAGCCACUUGCCUGCCCCCAAACACUGUACAUGGCAUCAGGGCAGAUGUAGACGUAUCUGCAAAGGAGGAAUGAGGAGCUUAAAGUGGGCUCCCCAUUAUUCCCUCUCAGGACUAAUCAGCUGAUUUUCACUGACAGGGAGCCCCACUGGGAUUGGCUGAGCCAGGGAGUAAGCCAUCAGGCAUGCUCUCAUUCAGCCAAUGGGGUGGCCAGCUUCAAUCAGCUGAUGAGUCCUGAGAGACAUCGUUUUUGCAGCAGUUUGCGUUCAAACUGUAGACAACUGGACUUUAAGGGUGAGGGCUGUCAGUGCCGAUCAGCUGAGAGCCCUCAUUCUGAAGCCCAUUUGCAAGCAGUUUGCAUACGAACUGGAUUUCAACGUAAGCCGCAUCGUAGCAAGUCCUCCAUAGUGUAUUUUUGGUUUCUAUGGAAGCCGCCCAGAGUGGCUGGGGAAACCCAGCCAGAUGGGCGGGGUACAAAUAAUAAAUUAUUAUUAUUAUCCACAUUUCCGUUAGUGUCCCGAUCUACCUCCUUCGUCCUUUCGAGAUCUUGCUGUGAUCCGGUGAGGCUUCUGCAAGAUCUCGGUCUUGUGAGUUCCACCUCACAGGAUCGCCGAGUUCCUGUGUGGUUUUCCUGGCCUGUGAGAGCUCCUCCAGGUUGUUGGGCUCUCUUUCUCUCUGUGGGACUCAUGAGAUAACUCAGCCCCGUUUAGCUCCAAGAGAUACUGUCUGUUUCUCGUUUGAUGCUUGCACUUUCCAAAGGCCAUGGGUCAGCGGUAGAGAGCAUGUGCUUUGCAUGGAGAAGGUCCCAAAUUCAAUCCCUGGUGUGGCGAUCACACAGAGUCCCCGGACGUUUAACAGUCUAU